ACACGCCAUUUUGGAUAGUAUAGGUACUGGACCGGGUCGUAUUGUUUAAGUGGAUGGCGAAUUACGUUAAUUGCUGUCAAUUACACCGUCAUCGAGCGUCUUCUGGACUCUGCAUCAUCGCAAACGCAGCACUCGCUCUCCUUCUCCCCUCCGGGACCCCCGUAGACCGGCACAGACUCCGCUAGAUGAGUUGCAGCAGCUCAUUCCCGGCAGACAGACAGCUCUGGGUCGGCCCGUGACAGGAGUCGAGCUCCCUCUUUCGGCGGUGUGUGUCCGCCUGGGAAGCGGAGGACGAGGCGCUCGGUUCGGGCGGCGGGAAAGUGACAUUACGCGCUGCAGCUAGCGGAGCUCGGGCCAGGGUGUACCGUAUGAUGCUUGUGAUUGGUGACGCCAAGAGCUGAUGCAGGUUUUCCAUGAAGGCCACUCCGAUAGGUGGCAGAAUGUUUCAACUCCCAGUGAACAACAUCAGCAGUCUAAGGAAAGCUAGGAAGAAUGUGAAAAACGUGCUGGGUGACAUUGGCUUGGAGUUUUGCAGGGAGCACAUUGAUGACUAUAAGGACUUUGUUCCCAAUGAGUUCUACCUUAAGAACACCACAUGGGACGACGUGUGCAUGUGGAAUCCCUCAAUGACCAAAUCACAAGAGUACCGCUCAAAGCCGUUCUGUUGUUCAGGAUGUACAUUCUCCUCCAAGUUUUUCUCCGCCUACAAGAGUCACUUUCGUAAUGUGCACAGCGAGGACUUUGAAAACCGCAUUCUCCUUAACUGCCCCUAUUGCACUUACAAUGGGAACAAAAAGACUUUGGAGACACACAUCAGACUGUUUCAUAUGCCCAACAAUGUUGUGCGCCAGAAUGCUGGAGGACUUCAGGGGGCAGGGGUUGGCUUGAAGGAUGGUGCUCGUCUGGAUAAGACACGUGACAAUAUAGAGCAAGCAGUGUACUACUGCAAGAAAUGCACUUACAGGGACCCGCUAUAUAAUGUGGUGCGAAAGCAUAUCUACCGGGAACAUUUCCAGCACGUAGCGGCACCGUACUUAGUGAGGCCUGGUGAGAAGACAACACCAGCCAAUGGGACAACUGCAGGCUCUGGAACAGGAAGCAAUGCUGAUUCUGGUGGUACCAACAGUACGAGCACAGCCAUCCACUGCAAACGGUGCCUCUUUGUACCUCGUACCUAUGAAGCCCUUGUGCAGCAUGUCAUUGAGGACCAUGAGCGCAUUGGUUAUCAAGUUACUGCUAUGAUUGGACACACCAAUGUUGUGGUACCUCGGGCAAAGCCUGUGAUUAUGGUGUCCACUAAAGCUCAGGGUGAUAAGGGCAUCAUUGGUGUAAUGCCAAAGGGUACAGUAGGGACUGGAGUACGGCCUUUAUCCGCUCAGCAGCUGAGUCGUAUUGUUAUUCCUAAAGGGAGUUUGAACUCAAGUGGGCUCCUGUCAGGUGUUCACCUGAAGCAGGGGGCAUUUGGUCUGAAGCCUGGGACUACACAAUCCUUGACCAUUGGGGGACAACAGGUGCAGCUUUCAGUCCCACAGCAGUCUCAAACAAGCAAAUCGCAGCUUUCUGCUAGUCUUCGUAGUUCAGUUUCUGGAUCAUCAUCCACUUCCAUCUUAAAGAUCCCUCAGCUGAACUCUCGAGUUCAGGCAGCAGCUACUACGGUGUCAUCUGUUACUUCCAAGAAGGGCAACUCUGUCAUCGGCACGUCAUACACUCAAAAAUGGAAGAUCUGCACCAUCUGCAAUGAGCUCUUUCCAGAAAAUGUGUAUAGUUCGCAUUUUGAAAAGGAACACAAAGCGGAGAAGGUACCGGCGGUGGCCAACUACAUCAUGAAAAUUCAUAACUUCACUAGUAAAUGCUUAUACUGUAACCGCUACCUACCUAGUGACACGCUUCUUAACCACAUGUUGAUACAUGGCUUAUCUUGCCCGCACUGCAAGGCCUCUUUCAAUGAUGUGGAAAAAAUGGUGACUCAUAUGCGAGGGGUGCAUCCCAAUGAAUCUGUUGGGCCACGGACAGAAUCCCCACUUACAUUUGACCUCACGCUUCAGCAGGGAAAUCCCAAGAAUGUCCAGCUGAUCGUCACCACAUAUAACAUGCGGGAUGCCCCAGAAGAAUCAGUGGCAUUUCAUGCCCAAAACAGCGCAUUACCACCAUCAUUGCAGGGGAACAAACCGGUUAUGCCACCAGUCCCAAAGAUACCCCGAGAUGCCUCAGACACCAUACCGGCUAAGGCUACACCGCAAGCGGCUGUACCUUAUAAGAAGGAUGUAGGCAAAACACUUUGUCCUCUCUGCUUUUCAAUUCUUAAGGGACCUAUUUCAGAUUCUCUAGCUCACCAUUUGCGUGACCGCCAUCAAGUUAUACAAACGGUUCAUCCUGUGGAGAAGAAGUUGACCUACAAAUGCAUCCAUUGCCUUGGCGUCUACACUAGUAACAUGACUGCUUCCACGAUCACUUUGCAUCUCGUGCACUGCCGCGGUGUCAGCAAAACUCAGAAUGGCCGACCUGCUCCAUCCGCAAGAGUUGCACAGGCCCAGGGGGCUGGUCUCAAACGGGCAGGUUUAGCAAACUUCGACCAAACUGAGCCAAAGAGACGGAAAUCUGCAACCGAUGACCAGACUGGGCAUAGCCCACCACUUUCAACUGACAAACAAGAUGAACCUGUAGUCUUUGCCUUGGAACCGAAGGGUUAUGAGAAUGAGUCCUACGAGACACGAAAAGCUUUCCUCACUCAGUACUUCAACAGGCAGCCCUACCCCACUCGCCGAGAGGUGGAGAAGCUUGCGUCCAGUCUCUGGCUUUGGAAAUCUGACAUUGCGAGCCACUUCUCAAAUCGAAGGCGGAGAUGUAUGCUGAAUUGUGAGACCUUAAACACUCGGGUCCUGCUGGGAUUUAAAAUGGAAGACAUUAUAGAUUUGCAACAUCCCAUGAACUUUGAGUCAAAGUGCUAUUUCAAGAACCAUAACCGUGAACAUAAAAGACGAACUACUAGAUAUCGGAUAGGCCGAUCUGCCAAUGCCAUUCGCUUUCGGCAAAAAGCUACAACCAAUGGUGACCUGCAGCAGAAGCAUGGGAUGCUAGCAAGGGUUUCCACCAAAGCCUCACUCUACUCGAAUGGUCAAAAGGCCAUCAUAGGGAGCAACUGCAGUGAUUCAAUGAAGAGCACCUUAAAACCUGGCGCACUUGUCAAUUCAGAACCAAUUGCUGUGGACUCUGACAGUGAUAAUGAGGAGAAUGUGCAGACUGCACAGUCACUUAGUAGGGUGGAACCAGAGACAGAUGAUCAAGUGGAUGGGAGUGACUCUGACAUCAGGGAGGACGCCCACAGUGAAAACGGUUAUGGGUCAAAAGACUUGUUAAAUGAAACAAAACAGCAAAAGGGAGAGUGCCAGUCAGGUAUCACAAACAAGCUUGAACAAUUCAAGUAUGGGUCACCAUACUUGGCCACAUGUCACGUCACUUUCAACUAA